AAGAGCAGUAUGCGUCUUGAUAGCAAAAUUUGCUAUCGAUACAUGGGUAUAUCGGCAUUCGGAUCGAAUAGCGGCAAAUCGUUGAGGCCCCUAUUUUCCCCAUCAACUUCCUUUUGCAACCCCGCGUCACCGCCAAGACCUGGACCUCACUUAUACUCUUCCCCAUUCACCUCAAAAGCUCACGUUCAUUUCUUUCAAUCGCCAUCUCAUGAAACAUCGGCCCCUUCUGCUGCUGCUGUUUAAUCGACUUGUUCAUGCUCUGCCCUACCUCAGCCAGGGGUCUGUACGGAUACUAGGGAAACAUGUACACGGCGUUGAGCCUGGCUCGCCAGAAUUCUGGUGGAAGAUUAUCAUAAGCUCAAUACUCGUACUUUUGGGGGGCGUAUUUGCCGGCUUGACUCUAGGUCUAAUGGGCCUUGACGAGCUGCACCUGCGCGUGCUGGCGACAUCUUCAGAGAAUCCUGCAGAGAAGCGAAAUGCCAAAAAAGUGUUGUCGCUUAUGCGAAAAGGAAGACACUGGGUGCUGGUGAUAGUCAACGAAAGUCUUCCCAUUUUCCUCGACAGUGUCAUCGGCGGAGGCGUAGCCGCGGUAGCGCUUUCAACAACGGCCAUCGUGAUUUUUGGAAUAAUUCCACAAUCACUGAGCGUACGCUAUGGUCUUGCAAUCGGGGCAGCGUGCACCCCGUUUGUCUUGUUGUUGAUGUACAUCUUCGCCCCUGUAGCUUGGCCCAUAGCAAAACUCCUCGACCUCGUCCUUGGCGCGAACGAGACUCACACCUACAAAAAGGCCGAGCUUAAGUCGUUCUUACAGUUCCACCGCACGGGGGAAGAACCUCUGAGAGAAGACGAGAUAUCGAUUCUCAAUGGUGUUCUGGAGCUCAAUUCGAAGAAUGUCGAGACCAUUAUGACGCCAAUGCAGGACGUGGUCACACUGAGUAGGGAUACGAUACUUGACCACAAGAUGAUCGAUACAAUAUUAACGAGCGGAUACUCGCGGUUUCCGAUACAUGAACCAAGCAAUCCGUUGGCCUUCACGGGUCUGCUGUUGGUCAAGAAGCUUCUUACCUACGACCCCGCAAAGGAGCUUCCAGUGUCAAGUUUUCCUCUAUCUAUCCUUCCCGAAGCGUACCCUUCGAUCAACUGUUUUCAAGCAUUGGAUUACUUUCAAACUGGCCGUGCACAUCUAAUUCUCAUAUCCCGCACCCCCGGUAUCGCAGGUGGAGCCAUCGGGGUGAUUACGCUCGAAGAGAAGGCAAAGCGGAUGACGACAGCCGCUAUCAUGAGGGGGAUUGUCGAGCGUGAACGGGGAAGGGUCUCGGCAGUUGGCACACCCACUGAGCGAACGCCGCUGCUUGGACGCGAUCGGAGUGUUGUGAUAGACGUGGACUAUGGAAUUGGAGCAAUCAGUGAAUCUCCGAGAGGGGAAUAACAUUACGUGAAUCAGGGUGAUUAGUGGCGUGCGUUGUAGAGGGACACCUUUUUGCUUUUCAUAUUUCUUGUAUCAACUUAUUCCUCGGUUUCUGUAACUGCAGACCCUAUAUUUUAUAUUCUGGAAUGGGGCGCAUCGUUGAAUAAGACGUUCGUGAGAUACAUUCAAUUUGUGUUGGAAAAUUUGACAUUAUAGCAGAAGCAGUAACACUUCAGAAUCAAAGAGCGUG